AUGCCCAGUGGCUACUAUUCCGACUCCUCGGACGAUGAGGAGGAGCCGACGGUGAUGCUCGGCUUCGCCGCGGACGUGAGCGAGCCCUCCUUGCUUGCCCGCAACCACUUCCCCUCCAAGCUCGGCGGCGCUCCUGCGUGGCUCGACCCCGUCAACCUUCCGACCGAGAGGCAGCUCCGGUGUGGCGCAAGCGGCGAGCCGCUGCGCUUUGUGGCGCAGGUGUACGCCGCCGCGUCGGACGAGCCGCACGCCUUCCACCGCUCCAUCCUCCUCUUCCUCUCGCCGCACGGCCCGUCGCUCUCGCGGCCCGGCGCCGAGGAGCAGGAGGAGGCGGUCGAGGACCUCCGCUCGCAAGACCCGCGGCUCACCGAGUUCGGCGCCUUCACGGCUCGCCUGGCGCGCGCUCCGGCGCAGGCGGUGCGGUACUGCUUCGAGGAGGGUGCGGCGCCGCUCUGGGCGGGCAAGGCGGGGAGGGCGCCAGACCCCGUGCCGGCGUGCCCCCUCUGCGGCGGGCCGCGCCGCUUCGAGAUGCAGCUGAUGCCGCAGGCGCUCCACUACUUGGGCGCGCCCGACUUUGCGACGGUCGCCAUCUACACGUGCGCCGCCUCCUGCGCCAUCUGGCCGCUGUCCCGCCGGCAGGCCCAGCCGGCCGAGGCGGCGAGCAAGCCUAGAAGCGGAAUGCGUGACUAG